ACAGAGCCGAGGAAGACAGAAGGAAAGGACACAGGACAGGGCAGCAGCAGUCCCUGAGAUGGACACUUCUCCAAGGCAAUACAAAUGUGAACAAGACAACAAUAUCAAACGUCUGAGCAAGCAAAUCCUCGCCAUUAUUGCUGUUGGUUUUGUUAUUCUUGUCGGGCAGUAUUCCCUAUGGCCAACGUUACAACCCUCCGCUGCAAUGCCUCCUCACUUUUCCAUGGAGGAGCCAAAGGCCACAGCCUGGUCAAAUUGGUCAGAUACCACACUAAAACCCAUCAAGAACACUGUUAUUGUGCUGUGGUACUGGCCCUUUAAAGGAUCGGUCACUCUUGCUGAUAAUUACUGCAUGAAUAACUUUGGCAUUCCCAACUGCAACGUAGUGGUCAAUCAGUCCUGGUUCCCCAAAGCAGAUCUGGUGGUGUUCCACAACCGUGAGUUGGUCAACGGGAAGCGGAGGUUACCCCUGAAUCUGCCUCGGCCAAAAACCCAAAAGUGGGUCUGGCUAUCCUUGGAGAGUCCUCCACAUAAUGGGAAUAUGAGGCCCCUAGCCGGCCUCUUCAACUACACCAUGUGUUAUCGCCAGGACUCGGACAUUUAUGCGCCGUAUGGGUGGCUUGUGCCAAGCAAAGCUCCGAAUGGCACAACCAUUGAGGACUUUAUACCAAAGGGCAAAACUGCUCUGGCCUGUUGGGUGGUGAGCAACUACCAGACUAGACAUAAGAGGACACAAGUGUAUAACAAGCUGAAGAAUGUCAUCCCAGUGGAUGUGUAUGGAGGUGCAAGAAAUAAGCGUAUCUCUGCAGAUAGUCUCCUACCCACAAUAUCUCGUUACUAUUUCUACCUCUCCUUUGAGAACAGCAUUGCUACAGACUACAUCACGGAGAAAGUUUGGAAAAAUGCCUUUAAGGGUGGAGCCAUACCGGUGGUUUUAGGUCCGCCAAGGAAACAAUACGAGGCGGUCUUGCCAAAGAACUCCUUCAUCCAUGUGGACGACUUCAGCACAGUAGAAGAACUGGGCAUCUUCAUGAAGGCUCUGGCUGCGGAUAAAGAGCGCUACGCUUCCUACUUUGCCUGGCAUCUGAACUACACCGUUGCUGGUGCAGGAUGGGCGGAGAGACUGUGCAGGGUCUGUCCAAUCAUUAGCAGUUUGCCCACAUCAAAGAUAUAUAAGGACUUACAUGGCUGGAAUUGGCAAUGAAAGCUGGAAGAAAAAUAUGUACAAGAGUGUCACUGGUAGCCUAUGCAAUCUCACUUGACUUUUAGGCACUUUCAAGUGUUCAAUAGCUACAGAGAUACACAUAGUAGCCAAUACUACUCUUUGAAGUAGGGAAAGCUGACACAAAUUCAGGAAAAAACAAAUCAGGUAAACAUUAUUAGCCUAGUCUAGCUGCCACUUCACAAGCUCACAAGUUACCUGACUAGCGAGUCACCCACAGCACAAUCUGUCUUAAAGGUAUCCAAUGUUUAAUCUUAAAGGCAUCCAAUGUUUAGCUUUUCAGUUUCUUUCCCUCACUGGGCUCCCUGUAUACAUAAACUACUGUAAAUAUGAUAUACUGUAUACAGUAUGUUGAGUAUAAUGUCUUCACUAUUUUGUCAUCAUAAGAUACAGUAUGUCGCCUGACCCGUUUGACAAGGGUAUGAAGCAGUCAUACAGUUACUGGUUACCAUACAUUUCUGAUUCUGAAUGAAGUUAUCUUGUGUGAUGUUAUCAUGCAGCUCGGGCAGUUUUUCAUAUGGGCAGUAUGGGCACGGCAGCAUCACUUGUGUGAUCUUGGAGGAUAAAGUAUAAAGGGCAUUGCAACCGUUUAAUCUUGAAGCAAUAAAAGCAUGUAUGAUUCUCUCUGCAGAUCUACUGCAGUUUAAAAUUAUUUUAAUUACCUCCGCCAAGGAGGUUAUGUUUUCAUUGGGAUCUGUUCGUUUGUCUGUUUGUAAAAAUAAGUUUAGUGAAACAUUAAGCUUACUACACAGGUAUCAUGAAACAACAUACAGUACACCAAUAACUUACAGUAAUACAUUACAUUUGAGCGCCAUCUUGUGGAAGUUGCACCCAAUCUCAUGUUCAUGUAUAGUAAAAUGUUUCAUUUGUUGGCUUAAAAAAGAAUAACUCUGAGAGAAGGAUAUGAACAGUCUAGAUAAAUAACAUAUGGAUUUGAAUGACACAUUCUGUUGCCAGAAUUGCAGGUGGCAAAUUUGACUUGUAACUUGGGGAUCUGUUAAAGGUUUUCUAUACUAUCCAACUCUCUCAAGUAUGAUGGCUUGUUGUUGUUUCCUACAAACUUCAAUCUUUGCUCUGUACUUACAAGUGGAUUUCGACAUUUUCAUAUACAAAGCUGUGAUCAGAAUGUAGAGCAAAGUCUAGCACUUAUCCUGUAGGGUAGUUAUUCUAAACAAGUCUAAUUCCAUCGACUUACAGUAUACUAACAGGGUGCCCUCAGAGAACAAGUGCAGUUGCAAUGUGAUUGGUGUCUCAAGAUAGAGGUGGAGCUUAGUGCACUCUUAGGAGGUUUCCAGUGUGAAACGUUCAGUGUUGGAUUUACUUUCUCAAAACAACAUUGACAAUGUUGCUGUACAGACUUUUACUGCUCAGUGCCACAGCAGGUAUGAGUUCACAUUCAGUUUUAUGCAGGGCAAUACAAUUAUUUAUUAUUGUUUUCAUGUAUUUUAAACAGUGAUAUCUAGGUUUUUUAAUUUCACUCUAUGAUACUGUGUAAAUCGCCCCUUGGGCAUAAAUUAAGUGUUUUUGAAUUGAAUUGAAUUGAAUAAUAAUAAUAACGCUUAAA